AGGAAGGCAAAAAUAAAUCUUUCCUCGUGCUUGUCAGAAUGUUUUGGAAAGAUCUAGGUUGUAUAAAGCCUGUGUGCUGAAAAGGAUAGAUCGCAAAUUAAAAACUUGUGUGAAAGUAAAAUGCCUCAUUUCUGGAGAAUUAAGAAAGUCUGGUUUGUCUCAAAAUUCCAGGAUUCGUCACCAAGAAAUGGCAGUGAGGUAUUUUUCUCACGUGAAGUUUAUGACAAAUACUCGUUGGCUCCAAGCUUUCCAGACCUAUGGUAUUUAUCAAACAGAGAGGCAAAGAAAAAUGCAGAGGUAUUGGCAAACUCUUCAGAAAACAGACAGAAUUGUGGCAUGCAAGCUUCAGAUCUAGAUGAGGUGGGAGCCAAAAGCACAACUGAUGAUCAUCCUUUUCCAGAACCUAGAGUCCCCUAUCCAUUUACCUCUUGUCUGACUAAGAAGGAGCAGGAAACAUAUUUACAUCUGAUGACUAAGUUCUCAAAGAAAGGAAGCCAUUUUCAAGUUAAUGCAGCAAAUCAAAGAGAAUUAUUUACAUAUCUGCAAAUGAAAGAAGUAGUAAACAAGGAAAUUGCAGAAUUCAUGAAAUUUGCCCAAAAUGCUGCUAAAAUCUGUGCCCAUGAUUAUGAUGCCAUCUCUGAGGAUGCACUACGUUACACUGAGGAAUUAUUAUGUGCUUGCAUUGGAUAUGUGCAGAAGUAUCCUGAGUUUUACACACUUCAGGAGAUCAUGAGUAUCAUGGGAGGAAAGUUUCAUACACAGCUGACCUUUAAGCUGGAAAAAAAUCUUCUCGUAAUGGGUACAGCAAGACGUGGUAGAACAGAUUUCCCUGCCAUGCCUGUUCAACUGCCCACAGACUAUCAAACUGUUACAUCUGUGAUAACUCCAGAAAAAAAAGCUGCUGUUAUGCACGAUGAUAUUAGUUCCGAUUCAAAUGCAGAAAAGCUUGCUUUGAAAUAUGGUCCUCAAGUUGUUUUAAGUAAUCAGUCAUUAUUUACUUUGCUGAACAAUCAUGGACUAAACUACAAGGAGCAAUGGGAAAUCCCAGUUUGCAUAAAAAAGAUCCCUGUUUCAGGUAGAGAACCAGCUAAAGUGGUUUAUGUCGAUUCACCUCUGCUGAGAAAGGAAAUGACAGUAAGAGAGAGGAACCAAAUCUUCCAUGAAAUUCCGAUGGACUUCCUAGCAACCAAAACAUCUUAUGUUUCAAUUUCUCAUGUAUCGAUGGACAAACCAGCUGAGGACAACUUGUUUCAGUGGGAUAUGUCUUCUGAUACGUACCAGCACAGGAAGAUUCCUCUUCCAGAUGACAUGGAUGUGGACUUUGAUGAUGAUGUUACAGAACUGGAAACUUUUGGAGCAACUGUCAAACUCUCAAGAACUUCUAAAACAGAAAGUACUUUUCCUACAGCUAGUAACACUGCUAAAGUUCUCUCAUGUGGCCUGAAAACAGGGAAAAAAAAUACAUCUACCCUAAACAGCUAUGAUGAAGAAGGAAAAAACACCAUUUCUGAGCAAAGAACUUCAGCAUGUGCCACUAUGCAGCUUUCAUCAUUAGAUAGCAUUCUGUGCAUCAACUCUGAAGAAAUCUCAUCUCAUGAAAGUUUUAGUUCAGAGGAGGUAGGACUGAACAAAGCACAGCAUGUAAUGACUGAAAAAGUACUGGCCAGUGAGACAAAAUUAAAUACUCUAUCUAAUGUUGCUAGUGACAAAAAGGAGCCUGCACAAAACAGUGGGACUUGCAUGUCUUUAUGCAAUAGUGACACGGAUGAAGAGCGUUUGAUAAUUGAUACAGAAUUUGAAAGCACUGGUUGUUGCAAAACACCUGUACCACACACUGUUCCUCAUACUCCGGCAGAGACUGCCAAAUCGCCUUCCCCCACCCAGAAUACAUUAUCAGGUAUGACAGAUUGCUCAGAUGUCAUGGAUCAGGGCAAAAAUGCCUCCAGAAAGCCCAAAAGAAAGUUGUCCAAACAGUUUGAUCCUGUUGGACAGAUUUUAAAAAUGCAAAAGGAACUUCUUAAGUCACCCUCCCCAAAAGCCCACGAGCAGCCAGUGGUGAGCUGCAAUAGUUCUAAUGCUACAUCUCAGUCUCGAAAACCAUUGAUGACCUCCAGCACAGAAACUCUGCCAGCCCCUGCCUCAAAUCUCAACAGUUCAUCUAGAAAUACCUGGACUUCGCUUUUUCAGGGAGUGCCGAAGAGAAAGCUGUCAAAUGAACUUCAGAUGCUUGAAGAAGACCCUUCAGAGUAUAAAGCACCUCACGAUGGCAACCUUGUCUAUAAGCUAUUCAGUCUGAAUGACCUCUUGUUACUUGUGCGUUGUAGUGUGCAAAAAGUGAAGUCAUUGCCACAAAAAAAUAAAAAGAAAAAACCCUCCAAGCACAUUCCAAUAUUCCUGUUGCCAAAAUUAGAAUACCAGGUCUAUUACGGUGUUGAAGCUCUUACUGAAAGCGAAGUCUGUCAGUUAUGGACAGAGAGUUUGUUGCAUUCUGAAUCCAUAUUUUAUGUUGGACAUAUUGAUGCUUUUACAUCAAAGCUGAUUAUGCUAGAAAAGAUUUCUGCAGAAACUUUUAGAGAGAAACUUGGAUUGAUUAAGCCUGCAAAUUCAUUAAAUAUACUUCAUAACAUUUUGAAGAAAGUGUCUGAUUUGCAGGAAGGCUCUUACCUGUUGACUCAUGCUGCAGGAGAUUCAUCAGUUGCAAUCUACAAGAGUUCUCUUGACAAGACAACAAGAGCAUCAUAUAAUUUACAUAAAGCUCAUUGUGAUCUGCCUACUGUACCUGCUACUCUUUCAGUUCCGUGGGUGCCACUAGAUCCCAGCCUCCCUUUGCCGUAUCACAUGAAUCAUGGAAGAGUUCCAUGUACAUUUCCACCUGCACCACAGGAAACAAUGUUGAAACAGAAGAUGACUGAAGUCAAAGGAAAAUCGGACACACCCUGUAAGGGAAAGCCAGUAGCUAUGGAAACAAAAAGCAAUCCAGCUAAACCUGUUAGAAAUGAAGGUGUGGCAACAAAGAAGUUGAAGAAUUACUACAAACAAAGGAUGUUGAAGAAAAGGUGGAAAACGAAGUGCAACAAAAAACAACUGAAGUAGGAGUAGCUGAGCCAUGAUGUGUUAAGAAGGAAAGAUCUGAGGUGUUUUUGCACAUUUUGAAGGGGCCAGAAUUAGUUGGUAGGGGAAGUCACUCCAUAGCUGAAACAUUCUAUAAGCCUUUAACUCUUUCUGACCUCAGUGGACACAUUUCAAGUUAAUAAUUCAAAUUCAUCCUGAGUUAAAAAGAAUGUGUGUCUGCUGCUGAGGUUAGGAAAGAACAGCGUCUUCUGUUGGUCUCAUGGGUUUUGUAGUAAGACUCCAGCUUGAAGAAUGAAACAGUGGUUGACAGCAAUAUCUGAGAUCAUAACAAGGAAAAAGACUUUUUGAGCUUCUUAAUUCUUCUGAAUCACUACAUAUUUUUAUUCUGACAUAUUUUACAAUUACCUUUUACUUUGUGUAGUGCACUUAUGGAGUACAACUUGUAUUUAAUUAAUUUAACACACAGUGUCUACCAGUUUUUAUACUACUUAUGAAAACACUUUUUAGGAUGGUGUGAUAGAUGAAGUUUGGGGAUUAAAACCUGUGUUUAUUUGAAUAAUAUGUGUGAUAAGUUUGUACUAGAAGUCUUAUGAAUACAGCUUAACAGUUAAAAUACAUAUUUUUAUGUUUGCCCAAAAUGAUUUCCAGAAAUUGUUUGACUUCUGGCAUGUCUUCAAAAAAUAUUAUUGCAGUUCUGUACUGUAUUACUGAGCAGCUACAGUCUUAAGUCUCGUAUCAGAUUGCACACUGAUAGGCAGUAGUGCUUACCUGAGCUACUAAUGUUGGCCUGGAGGAACAAAUGAUAGGAUCAAGGCCUUAGUCAUCAUUCCUAAAAUCCAACCAGACUAUGCAGUAUAUUGGCAGUUUUAUUGAAAAUCGGAGCUGCAGUGACAGAGUGAAGGUAGAAAAGAGAACAUUUACUGUCUGUGAAAAGGCCAACAGUUUGAUGGCAUGUUGUUUCCUAGUGAACAUGAGUUCUGUGGAAAAAUUUAAAGUGGUUUUGAGUGUUAGUAUACAGACAUGUUCUGUGAUGUUUGUAAGUAGCAUGCGUGCUUGUGAGGGAAGAUUUCCCUGCUGUACAGCUAUCCUGUUCUUUCAGUGUUCCAUCAAACAGAGCUUUAGCAGAAACAAUCCUUGAACUGGAGGCUUGAAAAUUAUAUUCUCUAUCAUCAGUUUUGUUUCAUGUUUUUUGGAUUUCUGCUUGUAUUCUCCUUUAAGAGUAUUGUUUUUAGAAGAGCAUGUGAAUUCUUGAAAGCUACAGUGAGUCCAACAAAAUCUUUCCUAUUUUUGACUUUUAAACAACACAACUAUUUUAAAAUGUCUGAGCUAAGUUUUUUUGUGAUUGAAGUUCUGGAGAGCUGUUUGUGUGCAUGUUUAAACUGCUAACACAAACAAACUGACAAGUUCAAAGAUGUUCUUCCUGGUCCUUAGUUUGAAAUCACCAGCUACACAGAUCAAGCAUUCUUCUGCUUGCUGAGGCUUGGCAUGUCACAUUUUAACGUCAUGGAAGUAAAAAUAAAACAUUUAAAGUAAUUACUGGGAUACCUGUUAAAAAAUCCUGAAAUCAAUUAUUUUUUUAAAGUAGGCUUAAACAGUGAAUUGUGAAAUAGAAAGCAUUUUCUGAUGUUUUAUUCCCACUUUUAGAUAUAUUUAUAGUAUUUAUCAGUUUGUGUUUUUCACCACUGCUUUCUUUAGCUCGAGUAAUAUGCUAACGACAAGUUUAAUUCCUGUAGAGUUGUUUCGAAUUACAGAGUACUGACUAUCCAUUUAGUGGCCUCUCAUUGGCCUCUCAUAAUAGGAAUAUUUUAGCUGUGAGUCAUUUUUGCCAGAUAACAAACUCUAUGUGUGGGGAUUCCGAAUAGUUUUUGGUUUGUAUGCGUUUGGUUUUUUUGCAGGCACAUAAGGAAUUCAGUUUUGUAUGUUAGUAGUGUAUCUUCAUUCCUAAAAGACUUCCUCUUAAUAGUAUACUUCUAUAUUGUAUUCCUCAUGAUAGUAUACUAAUUACAGUAUUGUACAUAGAAUGGUUUAGGUUAGAAGUGACUUCAAAGAUCAGUUCCACCCCCCCCCCCCCAACCUCCCACUAAACAGGUCACUGAAGACCUCAUCCAACCUGGUAAGCUUUAGUUAAGGACUCUGUUUAGGUAAGGAAUCUGGAGUUCGUAUGCAACACAUGAGAUGGCCUUUUAAUCCGCUGUUAUAUGUGAUGUUCCUCUUUUGGAUUAAGUGAGACUGAAGUGUAUUAUUUUGUUUAUAUAUCUUUGUCAGGAGUAGCAAAGCAUAGUCAUCUUAGAUGCAAAUAUAAACCAAGGUUCUGUUUAAAGGAGUUUGAUAAGAAGAAAAGGGAUAGCACAUUUAUUUCAAACUGUAACAUCUGAAAUUUGAAGCAGCAAAGUACGUCUGAAAAUAAUUGCUUAAAAGUAUUUCAGUAAAGCAAUAAAAUGUGCUGGAUAUUA